AUCGGCGUGUGAGAACCGUGUAGCGUUUCCUUCCGGUUUGUUAGAAUUAGAGCCAUUUCGAUGCUGAACGAACUGGAUUUCACUCAUGACCGUUUAAACUUGACGAUUGACCAGUGAAAGAAUUUUCGUCGAAAGAGAAAAUUAUUUCGUAGACAGCGAAAGUUUGUUCCGAAUCGUACGUUUUUUUUUCAAUAUGACGGCAAUACCCGGGACUGUAGCUUUCGACGAGUUUGGUCGGCCUUUUAUCAUCAUCAGAAAUCAGGAGAAGCAGCAACGCCUCACCGGUCAGGACGCGAUCAAGUCACAUAUUUUGGCAGCAAGACAUGUGGCCAACAUUCUUAGAACAUCUCUGGGACCAAAGGGAUUGGAUAAGUUAAUGGUUAGCUCUGAUGGAGAUGUUACCGUAACUAAUGACGGCGCUACAAUCUUGAAGAAUAUGGAUGUGGAUCAUGAAAUUGCUAAGCUGAUGGUCCAGUUGUCAAAAUCUCAGGAUGAUGAAAUUGGUGAUGGUACUACCGGAGUAGUUGUGUUAGCCGGUGCACUUUUAGAACAAGCCGAACAGUUGUUAGACAAAGGAAUUCAUCCAAUUAGAAUAGCUGAUGGUUUUGAACUAGCAGCCAAGUGUGCCACAGAACAUUUAAAAACGAUAACAGAUGACUUUGCUGGAACUCCAGAAAAUUUGGAACCUUACAUUGAUAUCGCUAUGACUUCGCUUGGCUCAAAAAUCAUUAACAAGCAUCACAGACAAAUGGCAGAAAUUGCUGUGAAGGCAGUACUUGCAGUUAUGGAUUCUGAAACUCGUGAUGUUAAUUUUGAACUAAUCAAAAUAGAAGGAAAAGUCGGUGGUCGAUUGGAAGAUACUAUCUUGGUGCAUGGAGUUGUAAUCGACAAAAAUUUUAGCCAUCCCCAAAUGCCGAAGAGGUUAGAGGACGCUAAACUGGCCAUUCUGACGUGUCCGUUUGAGCCACCAAAACCUAAAACAAAAUACAAGUUAGACGUUACAUCGGUCGAUGACUACAAAGCUUUACGAGAUUAUGAACGCGAAAAGUUUACGGAAAUGGUGAAACUUGUCAAGGAUGCAGGUACAACUUUGGCUAUUUGUCAAUGGGGAUUCGAUGACGAAGCCAACCACCUUCUGUUGCAGAACAAUUUGCCUGCAGUGAGAUGGGUUGGUGGUCCAGAAAUCGAACUAAUCGCUAUUGCGACCGGUGGACGUAUUGUACCUCGUUUCGAAGAACUGACGCCAGAAAAGCUCGGCCAUGCUGGUGUCGUUAGAGAACUAGCAUUUGGUACAACAAAAGAUCGAAUGUUAGUUAUCGAAGACUGCAAAAACUCCCGUGCCGUAACGAUCUUCAUCCGUGGUGGCAACAAAAUGAUAAUCGAAGAGGCAAAGCGGUCGAUACACGACGCAUUGUGUACCGUGCGAAAUGUUGUCAAAGACAAGAAGAUUUUGUACGGUGGAGGCGCGGCGGAAAUAUCUUGCGCGCUGGCGUGCGCGGCACAAGCCGAUAAAAUCAGCACCCUAGAACAGUAUGCCUUCCGUGCUUUUGCCGAAGCCCUGGAAAGCGUUCCCAUGGCGCUCGCGGAGAAUUCCGGUCUUUCUCCGGUCGAUACCAUAGCAGAAAUUAAAGCGCGUCAAUUAGCCGAAAAGAAUCCCGCUCUCGGUAUCGAUUGCUUAAAUCGAGGCACCGCAAAUAUGAAGAAACAGAACGUCAUUGAAACGCUGACGAGUAAGACGCAACAAAUUUUGUUGGCCACGCAGCUAGUUAAGAUGAUUCUGAAAAUUGAUGAUAUACGGUCACCUGGUAACGACUUUGGUGAUGCUUAAAAAAAAAAUCGAAAAUAUUAUUAAGUCUAAAUAUUCUCGUCUAUAUUGUUAAUAUUAAAUCUUAUUUAAUAUUUUAAUUAGUACUCAUUUAUUGCUUUUUAUUGCGUUUGCAUUUGUAAUAAAUAACAUUCUAAUGUUCUUAUUUGAGCUACGUUAUUCACUGUCUGAAGAUCUAUAUAGUUCAAGCGACAUAUAUUGAUUGAGAUUCAUUUGUUUUCCGCUACUUACACAACCACCCGUAUAUAUAAUUUCAUACAGAAAUAUUGUUUUGCGCUUUGGCAUGGCACUGGCUUUUUUUCGUUUUCAAAUUUGUUUAUUCUUAAAAGGAUUUUUACAGGAAGCACUUACCAUUCUCCAUAUGGUUUUAGAUUUGAGAUAAACAAAGACAAUCUUCGCGUUGAUGAACGUAACGGAAAGAUAUUAGCAGAGACUUUCUACGUUCGUCGCGUAUUUCUUUGUUUUUUUUUCUCUAAGUUUGCACAACACAUUCUUAUGUUUAAAGUUUUUGUUGUAUUUUUCUAUGUCAUUUCAAAUAAAUAAAUUAGGAAAUGAGAAUAACGAAAACGAUAGAUGUGCCGGUGCUUCAAAACGCAAAAAAGCGUCGACUCCGAUUUAAAUCUUUUUAUACAAUAGAAAGGUAUUACUAACGUAUAUUACUUUUUAUCUUUGUACCAGAGAGUGAUGAUAUGAAAUCAUGUUUAAUUGA